AUGUCGCCAAAAAGCUACAAGCAGGUUGUCUAUGCCGAAAGGCCGAAUCCUACAAUUAUUCCAGAUAAAACCUUCAACGUCAAAACCGCGUCGCUACCGACGUCAUUAAAGCCCACUGAGAUUCUAGUUCGCGCACAUUACCUAUCCCUCGAUGCUGCUAUGAGAUCAUGGCUAACUGCUAAGAGAUCUUACAUCGCCCCUGUGGAAAUUAAUGAUGUUAUGCGAGGCUCUACAAUUGGCCAGAUCCACGAUAUUGGCUCGGCUAUUGACUCUACUAAGUUCAAGAAGGGAGACUGGGUGGUCUCCAUGUCUGGGUGGGCGGAAUAUGCUGUUCUCACUGAGAAGCUAGUAGAGAGAUUAGACGUGCCUCCUGGGUGUAGUCCGAGGGAUUUCAUGAGCGUUUUGGGAAUUACAGGUUUAACAGCCUAUUUUGGGCUGGAAGAGAUCGGAAAAGUCAAGCCUGGUGAAACUGUUGUCGUUUCCGGGGCAGCAGGUGCAACAGGUAGCAUGGCCGGUCAGAUUGCCAAGAUCAGAGGUGCUAGGGUGAUUGGUAUCGCUGGUGGUCAAGACAAAUGCGAUUUCUUGACCUCGGAGCUCGGCUUCGAUGCCGCAGUUGACUACAAAAACCUAGAAUGGAGAAACCAACUCCGUGCAUUGACACCCAAGUACAUCGAUGUCUAUUUUGACAACGUCGGCGGUGAAAUUCUGGAUGCGUGUUUGGCCCGUGCCGCGAGGGACAGUCGCUUCAUCAUGUGUGGUGCAAUCAGCCAAUAUAACACUGCCACACCCAAAGGACCAGCGAAUAUCUUAAACGUGAUUUCUCAACGAAUAACAAUCAAGGGCUUCAUCGUUUUUGAUUUUGCCAAGAAAUACAAUGCUGCGAGGAAAGACCUUGCAAAAUGGUUGACCGAGGGCAAGUUAAAGAGCAAGGAACAUAUUGUCACAGGUGGCAUUGAAAGGGCACCUGCUGCUCUUGUAGACCUUUACGCCGGUGGUAAUACUGGCAAGAUGUUGGUUGAGAUUGCUCCGAUGUCUGAGGCUCUCCCUGGAAGCUCAAAAUUGUAA